GAAGCAUGAUAUGAGUCAUCCACUCACCAACGGGGGCCUGUCCAACUGGAGUGCAUCUGCCCCGUCUGGGCUAUUAACACAUUGGAGAACAGAAUGUUAAUGCUUGAUGGGAUGCCUGCAGUCAGAGUCAAAACGGAGCUGCUGGAAUCAGAACAAGGGUCUCCCAACGUUCAUAACUACCCAGAUAUGGAAGCUGUGCCCCUCUUGCUGAACACCAUGAAGACAGAGCCAGAAGAAGAUGCCUUGUGCACGGAUCAUUUCCAGACGCAGACAGAGCCAGUGGACUUGUCCAUCAACAAAGCCCGAUCCUCCCCUCUUGCCACCUCGUCUUCACCAGUAUCAAUCACAGCCUCUGCGUUGUCCCCCUCUUCAACUUCAACGUCUUCUAGUCGGCCAGCUUCGUCUCCAACGGUCAUAACCUCAGUGGCAUCGGCAACAUCGGCCCCAUCAGUAUUAACUCCAGGUCCUCUUGUGGCAUCUGCCUCUGGGGUUGGAGGGCAACAAUUUUUGCACAUAAUCCACCCGGUUCCACCUUCGAGCCCUAUGAACCUACAGACCAACAAAAUGAGUCAUGUCCACCGGAUUCCUGUGGUGGUGCAGUCGGUACCGGUGGUCUACACUGCGGUGAGAUCACCAGGGAAUGUCAACAACACUAUAGUAGUACCACUACUAGAGGACGGGAGAAGUCAUGUCAAAGCACAAAUGGACCCUCGUGGCCUGUCUCCCAGGCAGAUUAAAAGCGACAGUGACGAUGAUGACCUGCCCAAUGUGACUUUGGAUAGCGUGAAUGAGACUGGAUCCACGGCCCUCUCAAUAGCCAGAGCUGUUCAAGAUUCAAUUUCACCAUUUAGCAUUGAGAGCACAAGACGCCAGAGACGGUCUGAAUCGCCAGACUCUCGAAAGCGCCGCAUCCACAGGUGUGAUUUUGAAGGGUGCAAUAAGGUUUACACAAAAAGUUCCCACCUGAAGGCUCAUCGGAGGACCCACACAGAACAUUGUAAUUCUUCCAAGGACUUCCAGGAGGCGUCAAAGGACCUUAACUCCAAACUGCAUCUCUUCCCAUUUGGUCCAAGUUGUCCACACUGAACACCCACACAAGACCCUUCCUGGGAAGAUCCUCUCUCUCUCUCUCUCUCUCCAAUCCUACA